AUGAUCUUUGACCCCGUCAAUGACGUCUCCAAGCUCGACCGCCACCGCGUCCUCAGCAAAAAGGCCGGCGUGCGCGUGUCGCCCCUCUGCCUCGGCGCCAUGAGCAUCGGCGAUGCUUGGAAGGACACCCCCUUCAUGAGCGGAGGCAUGAACAAGCAGCAGUCCUUUGAGCUCCUCGACGCCUUCUACAAGCUCGGCGGAAACUUCAUCGACACCGCCAACGUCUACACCGACGACCAGUCCGAGGAAUUCAUCGGCGAGUGGAUGGAGGCACGCAACAACCGCGACGAAAUGGUCAUCGCCACAAAGGCCACGUCGCCCUACAAGGCACGCGAGCGCGGCACCCACAUCGCCACCAACUUUGCCGGCAACUCGGCAAAGUCCAUCUACGUCUCCGUAAAGGACUCUCUCCGCAAGCUCAGGACAGACUACCUCGACAUCCUCUACAUCCACUGGUACGACUGGUCCACCUCGAUCGAGGAAAUGAUGCAGGCCCUCAACCGCCUCGUCGUCAACGGCCAGGUCCUCUACCUCGGCAUCUCGGACACGCCCGCCUGGGUCGUCUCGGCGGCCAACACCUACGCCCGCGAGCACAACAUGGCCCAGUUUGUCGUCUACCAGGGCAAGUGGAGCGUCCUCGUCCGCGACUUUGAGCGCGAGAUCCUGCCCAUGGUCCGCUCCCAGGGCAUGGCCAUCGCUCCCUGGGGUGCACUCGGACAGGGCCGUUUCAAGACGGCCGAGCAGAUUGCCCAGCGCGAGAAGGAGCAGGGCCCCAUGCGCGGCGGCCAGGAACAAACCCAGGCCGAAAAGGACAUCUCGCUCGCCCUCGAAAAGAUGGGCAAGGAAGAGCUGGGCGGCCUCUCAAUCGCCGGCGUCGCCCUCGCCUACGUCUUCACAAAGUAUCCCUACACCUUCCCCAUCGUCGGCGGCACCAAGGUCUCGCACCUCGAGGACAACAUCAAGGCCAUCGGCGUCAUCCUCACCGAUGAGCAGAUCCAGAGGCUCGAAAACACCAUUCCCUUUGAUGUCGGCUUCCCGCUCAACAUGAUCGGACCCGAUCCGCACGAGACGGGCAAGACCAACUUCCCCUUCCUCGCCCACGCCGGCAACCUCGACUGGGUCCGCAACCCCAAGGGCCCCUCGGUCCAGCAGUAG